UCUAAAUACACGACGUUCCAGCUUCUUGUCACGCCACAGGAAGAAAAAGGAUGUCUUCUUCUUUAGAGCGGAAGCGAAGAUUUUAAAGAAAUGGCUGGAAAUCAGUACUAAAGAACAAGGACGACGUAAACAACACUUCCUUCUCCGGCUAGCAAAGUGCAAUGGCCGAAGACAGAAUCCGCUUCAACGCUGACCUAACGAGGUCAAUGUCACGUGAAUCAGUUCUUGGAAAUCAAAGUCUAUUUGCCAAUGUCACGUGAACGGUUCUUGGAAAUCAAAGACUGACCAGUCUGGAGAAGGUACCAUUCAAUAGCGAAAAUGUUGUCUUCCUGCCCGACUUCUGGUACGAAAGAUCCAAUUAAACCAAAAAGUCAAGACGCUCCGGGCCUUUACAUUGGUCACUCAGAUGUCACACAGCGAAUAUCUGCGGAAAAGAAACCGGGACUGGAAGAUGAGCAGCCUGGCCUCCUUCCAGAUAUCAUGGAUUCUCGCCUUGUUCUCAAGACAGUUCGUGUGUUCCUGAGUUCCACCUUCACUGAUACAAGAGUGGAUCGCAAUGCUUUGAUGGAAGAGGUUUUUGAACCAAUCAGAGAGCUUUGUCAGGAACAUGGGAUAGCAUUUGAAGUGGUGGAUUUACGUUGGGGUAUUCGUCAGGAAUCUGUAGACGAUCAUCGCGUGGUGAACAUCUGUAUGGAAGAAAUUAAACGCUGUCAAGAGACCUCCCUCGGUAUUGCGUUCAUGGCGAUACUUGGAGAUAGAUAUGGCUGGCGUCCACUCCCUCCCUCUAUCGUGGCUAAAGAACUUGACGCUCUAUUUGAACAUAUUGAUCCAUCAGAACAUCAACUUAUACUGAAGUGGUACCUGCGUGAUGAUAAUGCAAUACCUCCUUCUUACGUCCUGCAACCUAUCUCCACCGAGUUUCCCGUACGAUCAGAGAACAAGGACGAGGUGUCUAUUGCUUGGAAGGACUGGGGCAAGGUAGAGAAGACCAUAUGGAAUUCGUUGAAGUCUGCUGUGGAUGUUGUCGAAGCGGAUACAGAACUAAAACGUGCGUUCACCAAAUCUGUUACUCACCUAGAGGUGGAGAGAGGAGUAUUGACCGAGGAUCCAACCAGCCAGCAGUCACUUGUGAUUGACAGACGAUUUGAUAAUGUUAAUGAGGAGGAUCCUCGGGCUAGAGACUUUAAGGAUAUUCAGGACGAGAAAAGUAUUGCCUUGGUUAAUGAUCUGAAAGAGAACAAGAUCCCUUCGUACCUGGAUGUCAAGUCUGUUUUAAAAUUCAAACACCUCAAGUGGUACAGAGAAGGGCUGACUAUCGAUACUCAUGAAAAUUACAUCAAAGAUAUGUGUUCCAAGGUGAAGACUCUCUUAACUGCUCGUAUCAAUGAGAUCAUCGAAGCAAUAGGUCCUGCAAACCCUCUAAGAGAGGAGAUAACACGACAUGCUCUAUUCUGUAGAGAUCACGUUCACUCCUUUGUAGGACGUACAGAUAUCUUAUCAACUAUCCACCAAUACGUUGGCCAAAAUAAUCCAACCAUGCCUUUGGUUCUGCAUGGAGAGUCUGGAGUUGGGAAGACGACGCUAGUAGCAAAAGCCACAAUGGAAAUUCAAGAAAGCAAUCCCAACAUGGCGGUGUUGUAUCGGUUUUGUGGCACGACGCCACAGGCUUCUACUGGACGUGAACUCACUCUAAGCUUGUGUAACCAGAUAAAACAGGUGUACMACGUAACUGAUGAACUGGAAGAGGAUUAUGGGUCUCUCUGUGAAGCCUUCCCAAAGAUCAUGGCACAUGCGUCAAAAGAGAAACCUCUGUGCAUCUUGAUUGAUUCACUGGACCAGCUGACAGACGAAAAUGGAGCGAGACGCUUUUUGGAGUGGUUACCAAGACGAAUUCCCGCGCAUGUACGGUUGAUUGUGUCGACUUUACCGGAGGAAGGUGGCUGUUUGAACAGACUCCGGACUUUUGGUCUGCCAGGCAAGAACUUUGUUCAAGUCCAGCGUCUGGAACCGAGUGAUGGGGCUGCCAUAUUGGACACAUGGCUUCAACAAGCUAAAAGAAAACUGACGCCCGAACAAAGAGGUCUUGUCCUGAAGGCCUUUGAGAACUGUCCUUUACCACUGUACAUGCAGUUGGUGUUUAACGAAUGCCGUAGUUGGCAGUCCUACAGGAAAGUUUCUGAGCUCAGCCUUCAGCCGGACGUGGUGAGUAUGGUCAACGCUCUCUACGAACGACUUGAGAAAUACCACGGGAAGCUACUGGUUAGUCGUGUGUUGGGUUUCCUGGCAGCCGUGUCUGAUGGCAUCAACAAGGAUGAUAUUCUACACAUCUUGAGCUGUGACGAGCAGCUGUUGAAAGACGUCUUGGUUUGGCACGAGCCUCCUAAGAGAAGGUUACCACCAUUGUUGUUGGCACGUCUUAAAUACGACCUGGGACCCUUCUUGGUGGAAAGAGGUGCGCACGGAGUAUCGCUGGUGGCAUUUUAUCAUCGUCAAUUCAUCGAAGUAGCAGCAAAGCGUUACCUGUCUGGUGAUGACUACAAAUCAACCUACCAGUCAUUAGUCAAGUACUACUCGGGCCAGUAUUACAAUCAAUAUGGUAAAGAUCGUGCAAUACCAUCACAACCAACUGCCUACUCAGCAGACGCUCUCAACAUCAGGAAACUGGAACUCCUUCCAAGAUCUCUGAUGGAAGCCAGAGAUUUCGAGCAGUUCCGUCGAUGGCUGGGAGAUUUGGAAUUCAUUCAAGCCAAGUGUAUGGCUGGCCUGGGGUAUGACACCAUGGCAGAAUGUACACUUGGUUAUCAAUAUGCUCUGCAAGAAGACGUCAGCCAAGACAUCAAAAACGAUCUUGAUGACAUUUUGGGGUUUCUACGAUCUGAAGUGCACAUUUUAUCAAAGAAUCCGAUUCUGACUUUUCAACAAGCUGUGAAUUAUCCCAAARRAAGUUGGAUCGGACGAGCAGCAGAGGCCAUGCAAAAGGGAUUCGGGGACAUGUCAGAGAAGAGCGUGAUACCUCGUCCAGAUGGAUGGAUAGAAUGGAUAAACAAGCCUGAGGUGUCCGAAGCUUUUGAGUUUGAAUUGGAUGGACAUUCUAAAGGAGUGUUGUCCACGUGCUUCUCUCGUGAUAACAGGAAGAUCCUGUCUGCAUCAGAAGACUGCAGCAUUCGUUUCUGGGACAGUCAGACGGGUUCACUCCUUGCACAGCUGGAUGGACACACGGCUGCAGUAACAUCAAUCAAAACAUCUCCAGACGGAAAGCUUGUUGCCUCAAGCUCUGAAGACCACACCAUCCGACUAUGGGACUAUCAAGAAGAAAAGCUGAUCAGAUGUUURGAAGGCCAUCAAAAGAGAGUGACAUCCAUUGCAUUCAACGGAGAUGGUACCAAGCUGUUGUCCGUAUCGCUGGACAAGACAAUGCGCGUGUGGGACGUAAGGACGGGAGCAUGCAUAGAGACAAUAUCAGGACAUUCUGGAUAUCCACUGUGCUGUGUCUGGUCACCUGUUGAUGAUGGUGUUGCAGCGAGUUGUGGUGAUCAGUUGGAGAUCUUCAUCUGGGACUUGGACAACAAAUGUGUCAGGUACAAGCUGGAAGGCCACACCAUCGAUGAAGCCAUGAUUAAUUUCCCCGAUAAAGACAAGCUACGAGGACACGAGGAACUUUAUUACGAUUCUCUUCUGUGGUCGGUUGAUUUCUCCAGUGAUGGGAAAAUGUUAGCGUCUACUGGUACGGAUAGUAACGUGUUUGUCUGGGACGUGGAGACGGGAGAGAGGCGCUGUACUUUUAGUAUUCCUAACGAUGGAUCUGCUGUUUGCUUUGUGGAAACUCCGCAAGGAAGACGCCUGGCUGCUGCCUCUGCUCCUCACAUGACCGUGACUCUGUUCGAUGUAGGAGACAAUCCACAAACUAUCGCUGUACUUGGCGGUCAUUCUGACUGGGUUUUGGCUAUUGCUUUUAGUUCUGAUGGAUCCCGGUUGACAUCUGCCUCGAGAGACAAAACCAUCCGUGUAUGGGACAUAGAGGCUGCAGAGAAAUUGAAGGAGAUUCGCUUUCACUCGGAAAGAUGUUGGUGUGUUGCGUACUCGGGAGACGGUCGAUGGCUUGCAUCUGCUUCUGAUGACUUCAAGGUUGGUGUGUGGGACACCACGACUUUCCAACAGGUACUUGUUUACGAAGGACACGAGAAAAAGCGCAAGUUCUCUUGCGGUAUUCGAGCCUGUACCUUCUCACGUGAUUCAAGUCUAGUGGCCAGCGGUGGAGAUGAGAUGAAAAUCCGUAUUUGGUCCAGAGAAACUGGCAAGGACAAGAUCGUUCUUCCGUGCGAGUCCAUAUUGUUACCGUGGUGUAUCCGGUUUGGUGCAGAAGAUAAACGCUUGAUUGCAGUUGGAGAGUUUUCUAAAGGAGUCUUAGUGUGGGACCUGGAGACGGAGACCAAGAUUGCUGACCUCGGCGGACACGAGCUUUUCUGUCAGUACACAGAGUUCUCUCCGUGCGGCAAAUACAUCAUCUCGAGUUCCAUCGAUAAUACUGCUAAGGUAUGGAAAGCUGAUACCUUUGAUCAGGUGGCUACUCUGGAUCAUCCUAAAUGGGCUACCUGUGCUGUGUUCUCGCAUGACUGCAAGUUAAUCGCGACGUGUUCCCCGGAUUUGAAAGUUCGUCUUUGGAGUGUGGAAGAUUUCAAAGAGAAAGCUGCAUUGGAAGGCCACAAGUCUGAAAUCCGAAUGGUUUCGUUCUCACCAGAUGAUAAUCACGUGGCAAGUGCUGGUCUUGAUCAGAGCAUUCGAGUGUGGAACGUGAAGAGCCAGGCCCAGGUGCAGGUGUUUCAUGCUGUAUCGGGUCUGUGGGGUUUAAUGUGGCACCCGAAGGAGAUGGAUCUGUUGGCAGCUGGAGAUGCUGUUGGAUAUUUGUAUUUCUUGAAACUCAAAUCAAGGGAUAAAUCGAUGGCGAUCAAAGAGUAACCCAAGAGUAACUGUAACUUGAGUUUGAAUCACUCUUCACUGCUGAUGAAAAUCUUCGAAAUCAAGGAAACGAUUGAAAACCCUUUAGUUGUUUGUUAUAUGGACGCGUGCUUGAACUUUAGGUAUGAACAAAGACGGAUAAAGUUACGACCUUGGAUAAAGUAGAAAAAAUAUAAGAACGAAAAACGUUUAAUGGUAAGACAAAGUAGAUGGUUGUUUUUGAUUUUGCGAUUUUAAACUAAGUAGAGUUCUCCAAAAAAUAAACUAUGAGAGAGAGUCCACAUUGUCAUGGUAACGCUUCUAGGAUCUAGUGGUUAAAGUGAAUGGAAUUAGGUGUGGGCUUUUUAGAUAGAAUGUGAAAAUCAAAAUAAUUUAGUUAGGGUACAAGAGAGACGGACAGUGAGAACAACACACAAUUUCUAGAAAAUGGUUUUAAUUACGAAAUAUCACGCUUAGCAAUAAAAUAAUAUAAUCAUCUCUGUA